UCUCUGCGGUGUUUUCCUCCGCAAUAAUUUAUAACUCUUUUCGUGCAAAAUGAUUGGCUUUCAUCUCUGCCGUAUGUAGUGUGCAAUGAUGCAAACGUACCUUCUUUGAGUGCCCCAUCAACGUAACCUACUGCUCAUAUGGUUUAGUUGGAGAUCACCAUAUGCUCAUGAGAAAACCUUAUCGAUUUGACUAAUGAUGUUCAGCAUUGGCGGUAUAUUGGGAAUGGCUUAAUAAUGAAUGUGUUUCAGAUAUGAUUCUUAUCGUUAGUAUUCUUGAAACUUUCGACACCUUUAAAAAUGGAUUUACCAACAAGCUUACUCUUUCUGUGAUCACCAUUCUAUAAAACAAGACUUUUCCGAGUUUCUGUGACGUAACAAUAUAAAUACAAGCUUCUUCGACUGGUUUUUCUUUCAAAGUAAUAAAUCGUCUUCCAAGUUUUGAAGUGUCAAGUUGGAUUACUGAAGGCAAACGAAAGCUCGAUUGAAAAUGGAAGAAGCCAACAUUGCCCCCCCACAAAGCCAAGACGCUGCGAAUGAAGAAAAAGGAGGGAAUAUUUCAGAUUCAAGUUCCUUAACAUCGGUAGAGGAGAAUGAUGUAGAAGAUUCGGACAAUGAAAAGGAAGAAAAGCAACUCAAGAAGCAGUCCGAAGAAAAAGCCAAUUUUUUGAAAACAGUUUCCACAGUAAAAGCCACAUCAAAAUGGACCAAGAACAAGAAAUCGAAAACAACUGCAAACAAACUUGAAGAUCAGAUGAAUUUCGAACAUUUGAAGAAACUACUAGAGGAAAUAUUUCAGGAAGCUGAUGCAGAUGGUGGAGGAGGUUUGGACGUGGAUGAAUUUAGAGAAGCAAUGAAACGUACAAUGGGUUCAGAAGUUGACGAUAAAGAACUCGAGAUUAUUUUCAUGAAAGUAGAUACAAACUGUGAUGGAACAGUGGACUGGGACGAAUAUUUGUCUUACAUGCUACUGGAAUAUCAAGAAAAAGACACAAUGACAAGUAUGAUAAAAGAGAUUCCAUUUCCUAAGAAAAUGAAAGAACUCCAGUCAUGCCACAGAGAUUGUGUGGUUCGAAUAACUUUCUUGCAGCAUCUCACAAAUCGUCAUGGCAAUAAAGCACUAGAUCGUGAUAACCCUGGUGGAAGAUUUUUUGUUCUAAGCAAAGAAGGUCAAUUGGGAAUGUAUGGACUGGAUUUUGAACUUCAAAAGUCCUACACCCUUGAUUUAGGAAGAGAAUCAUAUGUUGGACAAUGGUUGACAGACAUGGCAGCAUUGGCAAAUGUUGGAAUGCUCGCUAUAAGCUCCACUGAGCGCGAAAUAACUUUCUAUGAUGUGAAUGCGAACAAAUUCGAGAAACAAUUUCAAAUCACCGGAUUCAAAGACACUGUCUUGUGCAUGGAUUUCUGGUUUGAUCAUGAGAAUUUAAAUCAUUGCACUUUGGUUGCCGGUGAUGCAACUGGAAGUAUUGUUCUUCUACGAUUUGUGGAAGCUUUGCAAAAAGGAUUGUUUGCAGUAUACCCAACGAAAGGCGCGGUGACCAGAAUUCCAUUUGUAACACUCAUGAAACACAAAGUGAGAGGAGCUUAUGGAAUGAUAUUUACAGACAUUCACACAAACUGGGUGAACAGCGUUCGAUAUUUCAUUCUCGGGCAAGGAUCGGAAUGCUUUAUAUCAUGCAGUUCAAGUGACAAUGAUUCCAUGUAUUUAGGAGAUCUCACCAAUGUUUCACCUAAGCCAAAGUGGCCUGGAUAUUCUCAAGCAUUUUCAAAUAAGAGUUCCUACUUCAAAGUGAGAAAAGGCAUUAUUGCUUUUGAUUAUUGCAAAGAUUGGAACGUAAUCGUGACCGGAAGCUUUGAUGGAGUUGUUAGAACAUGGAGUCCUUAUAGUUCGAAACCAGCUUCAAUGAUAAAGGGCCAUCUUACACCCGUACAACACAUCAUGAUCGUCUCAUCGUCGGGCCAAGUUAUCACAGGAGGAAGGGACAGGACUAUAAGAAUUUUAGAACUCCGAGAUCAUCAGACGACACAGGUUCUUGGACCACGAGCGUUCUUGCGGUGUGGACCUCUGACUCAUCCACUACAAGCAAUAUUUUACCACGGAAAAACCAAAUCAUUAUGGGUUGCUACAAUUCAGGUUGGCGUGUUGGAAGGAUAUGAUGACCGCAUUAAAGAAGAUAAAAUGAAUAUCAAGUCACACGAGGGAGCCGUGACUUCAGUUUUAUACAACCAUUUAUUCAACCAGGUUGUAACUGGUGGUCACGAUUCGAUUGUGUCAGUAUGGGACCUGAACACAGGAAUGAAAGCAAUUCAGUUCUACACAGUAAAAGGUGUUGAAUUGACAGCAAUGACGUUUGAUCCAACUGGAAGACGUCUAAUCACAGGUUCUCGUAAUGGAGCUGUAAAAAUUUGGAAUUUUAACAAUGGAGCGUGCUUAAGAACACUAGAAGAGGAAACUAUGUUGGAGGUAACUGGGAUCGUUUGUCUCAGACAAAAAAUUAUUGUAGCGGGAUGGAACAAAAUUCCAACAGUUUAUAUUGACAGUCGUGGCGAAGAUGACGACGAAUCUCACCAGUGGGCGGAAGUUCACAAAGAAGAUAUUUUAUGCAUGGCAAAAUAUCAGAAUCUAUACGGAACCGCAAUAGUAGCGUCUGCAUCUUACGAUGGAGACAUUUUUAUAUGGUCCGUCGACACAGGCCACGUUCUUUGUCGAAUGAAUAGACUUGAAUCAUAUUCGCCUCUCAGUAUUGAAGGACAUAAAAUGACACCAGUAAUAAAAAGGAGAGCACCAGAAAUCAACCUGAGAAAGAGCAUGAGUGAUAUAUCAACAAAUUCUACGGAAUCACUGUCACAGUCACACUUGACGACACCAAGGAGAUGUGGGCUGAGGUCAUCGGCUUUGUUACUUCCACCAAUAACGACUACCAACCCUGUCGAAGAUCCAGAUUCACCCAAUGGCGACGAAAUCAAACCUGGCAAUAUAUUGAAAGAAAACACGAAGGAAACUUCAAGGAAUUCGACGCCAAAAUCUGUGAAAUUCAAUCUACCAGAAAUAGUGACACCUUCUGCUGGUACGUCUUCAAAAGAAGAUAAAAUCCGUCACCAAGUAAAUAUUGUGACAGGACAAGACGAUCGUGACUACUGGGAAGCCGAUGUAUCUAUCGAUAAGCUUUUGUUUCUACAAAAUAGACCACAUGAGCCACAGACAGCCACAAUGAUUGCUGCUGGUGCAAUGGGAUGGGUUUAUGCUUGGUCAGUGCAUCCCCAGGGAGGGCUGCUCGGGCAAUUUGUUGGUGCACAGAUAGAUGGAGACACCGUGUUUUCGAUGGCAACAGAUAAAGCAAAUAAGUUUCUGAUUACGGGUGACACGUCUGGAUAUGUCAAGAUGUGGGAGGUAGAAAACUAUUGCUAUAAAAAGAGAAAGAACAGUAGAAUAAAAAAUCUUGUUGCCCCGACAUUCAACAUGGACGACGGUCAAAUGAGAGUUUUGUCCGUUCGUCGCAUGAUGAAACUGAACCUGAUUCCCCCUGAACUGGCGUUUUAUUUUCGUGCUCACAUUGGGUCCGUGACGGACAUUACUUUCAUAGAUGAUCAAAAUCUGAUAUUAACAUCCUGUGGUGAUGGCACAGUGCGACUUUGGACUGUAGGUGGUCAAUACGUUGGAACAUUCGGACAAAAACAACCGUGGCAACUCGGAAAGAAACUGUCGACCUGGAAAGUUCCAGCAGAUAUAAAAAGAGUGGCAUCCGCAAAUACAUUGAAGGUGUUGCAUAGUGGCCAUAGUCCUUGGAGGUUGGCGAAACAUAUACUUAACUUUGUCAGCUUGAGUUCGAAAGUUCAUCAUUCAUUCGAUCAUUCUCAUUCGGAUGAUAAUUUGGAACAUGAUGACUUCAAAUCGAUUUACCACAAACUUGUAACAGAAGAAGAACAAAUAACCGAAGAAGAAAUUGAAAAAAAUUAUCAGAAGUGUUUAAAAAAAUUGAAAUCCAGUGACGUUCUGGGAAAGAGUUACAAACGGAAACGGCGACACAGAAUUUUGCCAAAAAUUGACGUUAAAAACCAUCUGAGCAAUUUCCACGUUCACUCUGCAAUACCGUUUUCACCGCUAGAAGAUACUGACGUGAUACCGCUUCCAGAAAUAUUGCAAGAGAAGAUGAUGAGAGAUUACGGAACGGAUCAAGAUAAUAAGACUCGGUCCGGAAAAACUCCUGUCAGAGGCCCUAAGCUUUCCGUCCCUGUUAGGCGGAGAGGACCCAGAUCACAAGUUACAUUUGUAGGAGCAAGUAACAGGAUUUCUAAAGCAAUCAAACUAACUAGGAUCAACAUGAAGAACUUUUAUUACAUAUAUUCGCUUCUCAUCGUCAUCGUUAUCAUUUCUCAAGUUGAAUGUCAAGAACCAUCACGAUCAAAAGAUAGAGCAGAAAGGCGAAGACAAAGGCAUCUAAAGAUUCUACAAGAAAAUGGUUUUGGAAACAGGAUAGAACGUGACAAUGAAGGUUGCAGGACGGUAUAUUAUGAUCUUGUUUUUGUCAUCGACGCAUCAAGUAGUGUGGGAGAUGCUAACUUCACUAGAAUACGAAGAUGGGUUUCAAACUUAAUAUCUUCAUUUGAUAUCGGUCCAGAUCGAACUCGAGCGGGGAUUGUUGUUUAUUCUGAUCAUGCCAGACUUGCAAUUGGAUUAAAUGAUUACUCCAAUAAAGAUGAUUUGGUAGAAGCUGUGGAUAAUAUUGAAUAUUUGCGAGGAAAUACAAGAACUGGCAAAGCUAUCAAGUUUAUGCGAACACAUGCAUUCUCGGUUUCAAAGGGAGCACGACCAAUCGAACUUGGCUACAAUAGAUUAGCAAUUGUGCUGACAGAUGGUCGUGCACAAGAUAAUGUUUUCAAACCCUCACAGGAGGCACAGGAUGAGGGUAUACAACUGUAUGCCGUUGGGGUGUCAUUAGCAGUUGUCGAAGAAUUAAACGAAAUUGCAUCGGAUCCAGAUUCAAGACAUGUCUUUCAAGUUAACGAUUUUAAGUCAAUUGAGCGAAUAAGAGAGUCCUUGAGACAACACAUAUGUGUCGAUGCCAUCUGUCCAGAUUUGAGUUUGCAAUCAGAUGCUCUUCUUAGUGAUGGGUCAUCGAUCAGUCAUUCACGAUUUCCAGAGAGGAGACCUAAAGAAUUCACAUUUGGCUUUGAUUUGGUGCAUUCAUUUGAUUUGCAUAACUCUGCUUUGGAAAACACUGGAGUGGCAUCUACUAAUGGGAGUGUACCAAGCUAUGCCUCAUUCAGACUUGGGAAAAAUCCAGUUAUUGAAACAAGAAAAGUAUUUGAACGAGGUCUUCCUGAUCAAUAUGUGUUCGUUUCAACGUUUCGGGUAACAUCACAAUCAAGUAAGAAAAGAGCCUGGAGUUUAAUGAAAGUUGUUGACAAAGCGGGACGUGAUCAACUGGAUAUUAGACUUAACCCAAGGAGAAAAUCUGUUGAAUUCAUUGCACUGGGAGCAGAUGGCGGAAUAUCAACAGCUUUGUUCCGGUCUUCAAAAUACAAGCAAGUCAAAAAACUGUUUGAUAAAGGUUAUCAUAAACUCAUGAUGCAAAUAAAUAGCGCUUCUGUUACCCUAAUUCUUGAUUGCGAAAAAAUCAGUACAAGACUAAUGAGACCUAAAGAAAAUGAAAUUGGAAUCGGAGGAAAAACUUAUCUGGGAAGAACAACAAGACAUUCGAAUGCGCCGUUUGAUCUGCAGUCAAUGAGAUUGUAUUGUGAAAUGGAAUCAGCAGAAGAAGCAGAAGAGGGAUGUUGUGAGAUACCUGGAUAUGAGGCUGAAGACUGUCCAUCAAAAGAAGAUAUAGAGAAUACGAAAGCACAUACUACCGCAUCAACAACCACAAUCCCUAGAAGCAUAACCAGUCCUAGUACAACCACAACUAGACCAGCAACUCCUUUCGUGGACAUCUCAACCAAAUCUACUACCUGGACUCCGUCAGGAAUAGAAAUUAUAGAUGAAUUUGAUGUAAUCGUUAAUCCUGAAGGAGAAAUAAAAAUUCCAGGAAACAACGGGAAGGUCACACCAGUCGGUCCCGGUUUAAUUACUGAUGGUGACAACAGUGAUGGAAGCGAUGGAGGUGGAGGCUUUCCUGAUGGUGAUUUCAAAGAAAUUGAAAAAGAAUUUGAUGACUACUUUACGGAUGAAGAUUUUGUGAUCCCGACAGUGAAACUUGAAUUUGAGCCGAAGCCGAAUACAACUUUACUAAAAGGAGAAAUUCCACAAAAAGAGGUUCGACCCACUGGAAUAGCAAAACUUGAGGAAUGUGUUUGUCCAGCUGGGCCACCCGGAGAAAAGGGUGAGCCAGGGCCUGCUGGAGACGUUGGUUUGAAAGGAGAAUAUGGAAAAAAGGGUGAUACAGGCGAAAGAGGGGAACAAGGAAUUCAAGGAAAACAAGGCGAAAAGGGAAUGUCAGGAUUACCCGGUCAUGAUGGUAUAGACGGGAAAGAUGGAACGCCGGGCGCUCCUGGCUCAAGAGGUGAACCUGGCGAUAAAGGAGAAGCGGGACUACCUGGAAGUGAUGGCGUUGACGGAAAAGAUGGCGACAAGGGUAUGGAUGGAGCACAAGGUUUACCUGGCGUUGAAGGGGAGCGUGGUCAAGUUGGCGAGAAAGGAAAUAGAGGUGAAAGAGGAAGAACUGGACGGCCCGGGGAACCAGGCAUUCAAGGUGAAAGAGGCGAAAUUGGAAGUGAAGGUCAAAAAGGGGAAGUAGGUCCUCAAGGUUUAUUGGGGCCACCUGGGGAACAGGGUCCACGGGGCGAAACAGGAGAAAAUGGAAUAAAUGGACAGGAUGGAAGACAGGGUUUGCCGGGUGUUCCGGGAAUGAUUGGCCCACCAGGUUUGCCAGGACCAGUUUCUGAUGUAGCAGGACCACCAGGAAGCCGCGGUGAAGCGGGAAUUCCUGGUGAACCUGGACUGCCUGGACCACCGGGAUUACCUGGUCCGAUUGGAGAAAUUGGACAGAGAGGUGAAAAAGGCGAGCUGGGCGAAAAAGGAACCACUGGCGCAAAAGGAGACCAAGGAUUACCAGGGGCAGAUGGAAUUGAUGGCAAAGAUGGUCAGUCUGGACAAGCUGGUAUUCAAGGAAAUAAAGGACAAAAGGGGGACAUGGGCCCGGAUGGUGAAGACGGAAAGCAUGGAGAAAGCGGUCAAAAGGGUGAACCAGGAAAUGAUGGACAGCGUGGUGAACCAGGUACUACCGGCAACAUUGGACCAAGAGGUAGACGAGGACAUACCGGCCAACAAGGAGAACCAGGACCACCUGGCCCAAGAGGAGAGCAGGGUUUUGAAGGUAUCCAAGGAUCUAAAGGCUCCACUGGUGCCACCGGAUCUCCUGGAUUACAGGGAAUAGAGGGUAUAGCUGGUGAGCAAGGUGCACCAGGUGUAAAAGGCGAGGCCGGUGAAAGAGGUGAAAAGGGUGAAGACGGAGAACCAGGGAAACCUGGUAGAGUUGAGACCAUUGUAACGCAUGAACCUUUGCCUCCACCCGAAUUAUUACCUGGUCCACAAGGUGAACCUGGGGAAAGAGGACCAGCUGGCGCAGAUGGAGAACCAGGAACUCCAGGACAAAAAGGGGAACAAGGCUUUCCUGGAAACCGAGGGGAACAAGGUCCCGAGGGAGAGCAGGGCGUACCUGGAGAGAUUGGACCACAAGGUGUUCCUGGACCAGUAGGGGAUCAAGGUGAAAAGGGGCAGACAGGUUUGCAAGGUCCAAUGGGGCGACAGGGAUUAAAAGGUGAACCUGGAAAUGAAGGAGAAGAAGGUCAAAGAGGAGAACGAGGUCAAAAGGGCGAACAAGGAGAGCCUGGAGUUGCCGGGGCGGAAGGCACACAGGGGGAAGUGGGAGCUGAAGGGCCACCUGGUAAGCCGGGCGUUGAUGGCGCCGAAGGACCUCCAGGACCAGCAGGUGUAGAAGGACCCCCAGGACAAAUUGGUCAACAGGGAGAGCCGGGAGUUUCUGGACCACAAGGUAUCAUUGGACCGCCUGGCAGAGAUGGAAGUGUUUUCACAGUAGAAGGUCCGAGGGGGUUGCACGGAGAACAAGGAAAUCCUGGUCCCAGGGGGCUUCCAGGAAGGAAUGGAAAUCCUGGAGUUCCUGGCGAUCCUGGGCCACCGGGACAAACUUUGAUACAGCUUGAUGAGAGAACUUGCGAAGAAUGCCCACCAGGCCCACCCGGUGCUGUAGGAGCCCCCGGAGUGGCGGGAGUAGAUGGGAGACCCGGACCUACUGGAAGAGAUGGUAGCCCUGGUUUAAAAGGUGAAGCUGGAAUUGCAGGACAACCUGGCAUUGAUGGGAGAGCUGGACAAAAAGGAGGACCUGGGAAACCAGGAAAUAUGGGAGAAAAAGGGGAAUCCGGUUCACAGGGUAGACCCGGUUUUAAUGGUAUCGAUGGAGAACCUGGACCGCAAGGGGCUAAGGGUGCUGCAGGUAAAGAUGGAAUGACAGGAAAACCAGGAGUCGCUGGACCCCGCGGUUCUGCUGGUGACGCCGGAGAAAAAGGUGCGAAGGGACAGCAAGGAAUACCUGGUAUUGCUGGUGCUGAUGGUACAUCUGGCGAGAAAGGAGAAAAGGGGGAACAGGGUAGUAGGGGCGGCAAUGGUACUGUUGGCAAAACCGGUGCUGUAGGACAGAGAGGUCUGCCUGGAAUAGCUGGGUCAAAUGGCGAACCUGGGAUUCGAGGGCCUCCUGGAGAACCAGGCUUACAAGGCCUCAGAGGAGAAAUGGGAUUUCCUGGCAUUAGAGGGGCACAAGGUAUAACAGGGGCUCCAGGUCUCCAAGGAACAAAGGGGGUAAAAGGAGAGGUAGGACCUCACGGAGACAGAGGGGAUGUCGGAAGAAUAGGAGAAAGGGGUGUUAGAGGUGAACCUGGGCAAAUUGGACCACCUGGACAAAAUGGAUUACCUGGUCCAAUAGGUCUUGAAGGAUCCCGUGGGCCAAUUGGCGAAACCGGGCCACCAGGAUCUAAUGGUAAACCAGGUCCACCUGGAGAACCAGGAUUAAAGGGGGGAAUUGGUGCUAGAGGAGAAGAAGGACAACCUGGAGAGCCUGGACCGCAAGGAUUGCAAGGCUAUCAAGGUGUACCGGGACGAGAUGGGCGACCUGGUUCCAAAGGUAUGGUAGGUCCAUCCGGGCCGAAAGGAAACCAAGGAAACCCAGGACCAACAGGGAAAGAUGGAAAAUCUAUAGAUGAGGCAAAACUGAAAGAUAUGAUUCGUGAUUUGAUAAAUCAAGCUAUAGAUGAUAAAUUGCCUGAUAUUAUAGAGCAAGUGAAAGAUGCAAUGCCAAAUCCAACACCAUCUGCAUUGAUCGACACGUUGGUUGGCCCGCCAGGGCCCCCGGGUCCUGCAGGAACAGUUGGUAAACCAGGAAGUGCAGGACCGCCAGGAAUUCGUGGUCCUGCAGGCACUCCUGGACGAAAUGGAGAUCCCGGGUUGCCUGGACAUCUUGGUCUCACAGGACAGAAGGGUAGCAGGGGUGACGCGGGACGAGGUAGAAAAGGAGACCCGGGAACACCUGGAAUGGAAGGACCACAAGGAGCACCAGGAUAUGGAUAUUCUGGUCCACCAGGUCCGGAAGGUAAAUCUGGCAUACCAGGAGAGCCUGGGGUACGUGGACCACCAGGUCCGCCUGGAACAAGAGGAAUAUGUGACAGUUCGGAAUGUUACGCGGUUGCCCAGCAAGCAGCUUUGAACUCAAUACCACAACCUGCAACACUAUUUAAAGGGCCGCCCCCAAGUUAAUCUAAUAUACGUGGCUGAUACUGGCCCAAAUACUAGGUAAUUAAAAUCAGAGGAAGCCAAACAUUGCCAAAAAUAUUUGCGGAAUGAGGUAAUGUGACAAUUUAUUUAGUAUUUGUGAUACUCAAAAUACACAAGAUAUUGUAACCGCUAUAAUAUACGACGGUGGUUACGUCAGAUGACCCCCAGUUCUUAUAUUCAGAAGCCUUCUGGUAAAUAGAAUUCUAAUAUUUCAUUGGAGUUACUCAUGGAUGAGAAUUUGCCAAAGCUAUUUUUACAGAUGAUCAUAACUCCCGCAUUAUUCUGUGCAUCAUUUAGAAAUAUAUUAUAGCAAUUUUGUUCACUCGAACAUAUUGAAAAACUAUGUUCAUGUACUUUACACAUAGUAUCAAGGCUUAUAGUUGAAGGAACUAUAACGUUUUCUAUUGAAUAGUAGUAUUUCGUUCUUGCUUUAAUAUUAAAUCGGCAAUGAUUUCUCAAUUGGCUCAAGCUUUCAUGUCUACUGUAUUUGCCAUCACUCGCCUGGUCGCCUAUUUGACAAAUUCUACGAUUAGUAGUAUGAAUUGCAGCUUUCAUUAAACAACCUGGCAUUUUUGCAGCUUUUCAAUUUGAAGGUCAUAUAACCUGCCUGACACCAUCGCUGUAAAAGAGCAAUACUACAAUGAAGAAAAAACAAUCAUUAUACCUUUCGUUUUUAUACUCUCAUUUACGAUAUUUUUAACUGUUUUCUAAUUUUAAUGUAUUUUGGUUCUUGUCAUUCAGCAUAUGAAGUUAUACUUGCUUACUAUUUCAUAUUUAUUAUUAUAAUAUUGUUUCUUAUCAUAUUUUUGAUAAAUGUUUUUAUUCCUAUGAGAUAACUUACAUAUUGUUAACGCUUUGGUACAAUUUGUCUGAGAAAAGAUGUUUUUUCGAGAAUUCAUUGCUCCCACUAGAAACAAGCCAGAUAAUUUUUUGGAAUAUCGUCGUUUUGUGCUUAUCAAGUUGUCUACGCGAUGAUCAUGUUCAUUACAUCACAGACUUUG